AAAAAACUAACGCCUGCCGAGAAGUUGAGAUUAAAAGUGCAAAUGGGGCUAAAAAAACAGAUUGCUGUGGACGAGGAGAAGAAAUUAAUGAAAGAACGACAACAGGAGUUUGAACGAUUAGGAGGAAAUGACGCCGAAUUAAGCGUUAUGCACUCGACUGGAAACUUACCCAGGGAGUCGCAAUCACUCUCUACAUCAGAAUCGUCUGAAUCUGACCGUCGAGGCAGACGGCAUAGGACGCGGAAAAGAUCCAUAACGAGAGCGAGACCCGUCAAAGAUCGCGUUCUUCAUCAUAUGACAGUCGCAGCACGGGUAAACGUCGCCGUCGAUCGUCACCAUCAAGCUCUUCUCGUUCAUCGUCCUCUUACGGUCAUGGUAGGAAACGGUAUAGCUCUAAACGCAAAAGAUGGCGAUCAUCGAGCGGAUCUAGAUCUCGGACAAGACGAAGGCGAUCCGAUUCCUCCGAUGAGGAUUAUUGGCGGCAGAGGCGACGCUGAAA